GAUUCGAAGAACAUGCAUCGAAACCCCCCUCUUUAAUUUCCUUUAUAUUCCAUAGCCAUUCAUUAAUCAAAGAAGCUUGAAGUUUUGGUUAUACAAAUAUAGAUAUAUAUCUGUAUUCUGUGUUCAUGUAUUGAAAGUUUUUGUUUCUUUUCAAUCUGAGAGAGAUAAUUAAUAUGAUAAGCAUGGCAAGUUCCGGCCAGAAAUCGUCGAAUUUUACUCAGACUUGCAAUCUGUUGAGCCAGUACUUGAAAGAGAAGGGGAACUUUGGAGAUUUCAGCCGCGGAAUCGCUUCAAAACCUGAAGGUAAGAAAGGGGUUGAAUUUGAAACCUCCAGGCCUCAGUCUGCAACUACCAUGAACUUGUUGCCGAACCUGGAAAAUGUUGGAGCUUCAUCUUCUUCAAGUGUCAAAGCUGCCGAUUUCUUUAACAAUAAGGCUGAAGCAACCGUGGAGAGUGGAGCUGGCUCUCAAAUGACAAUAUUUUACGCUGGAAAAGUUCAUGUGUUUAACGGUUUCUCAGCCGAGAAGGCCAAGGAAAUCAUGGCCUUAGCCACCAAAUCCGGAAGCUCCGUUAACACUACUUCCAGUAGAGCUUUUACGCCUGAUUUGAACAUCGCUACCAGUGCUUCUGAAACCAACAAUAUCGCCUCGCAGGACCGCCUGUUUCAGCACCUUAAACCUCCUCAAGCGCCCAUCACUUCCGAUUUCCCGAUAAAAAGAAGGGCGUCUCUCCACAGAUUCUUCGAAAAAAGAAAGGACAGGGUGGUGGCGAGAGCACCAUAUCAAAUAAAUGGCGCCUCUGUGGCUCCGGCUAAACCAGAAGAAAGCAGGGAGAAGCCAUGGCUGCUCGAACUUGAAGCUCAAUCGUCCAAACAGCUUGACCUCAACUUAUAGAAUAUUAUUAGUAAAAUUAAUUAAUUAAUUAAAAUUAAUCCUAACUAUUCAUGUUAAGUCUUUUGUAUUAUAGAGUUACUUAAUUAAUGUUUUGUAAUUAAUUUUUUUUAUGAUCAAUAUUUAUUCAUCGAUAUGAUGACUAUGAACCAACUUAUAUAUAUAUUUAUAUCUAAUUAUCAUUGUGCUUAACCCAUUGAAUAUUA